AGUUUAUAAAGAACAAUGCGUGCCUGGAUGCUUGCACUCGUUGUACUAAUGAUCACAGCAAUGAGCGUUACCAUGGCGGGACCGCUAUCUAUGGAUGCGCCAGAAUCGGAGUCUGAAGAGAGCAGCAAUGUCCGCCAGAAGAGACAGUUUCUGUACGGAUAUCCCAGCUACAGGUCGUUUUCAUAUGGUUAUGGAUACGGAUACCCCAGCUACGGCCGUCUCUACUAUCCUUCCUUCUCUAUAUGGGGUUAACGCCGAUAACGAAUAAUAAUACGUAUUUUACAGCUUAGUUAACAUUUGAUUCAACUGGAAUGGCGGCUGGAAGGCGAGGCUUUGUUAACUAAUUGAGCCGCUCGCGCCCGCGACCAGUCUGCGUCUCUUUCGCGCGUGCUCUCUUCUGCUCUGAUCAUUCUC